GUUCUGGGAUGCUGUGGGGGCGCGGGCCUUUUUCCCACGUCGGCUGUCCUCGCGGGCGCGGUCUCGGCUCCUGCCCGGCUUAACCAACGGAUGAUGGGGGCUCUGGGCGUCCGCCGCGGCCUGGAGUGGCUACUGGGCCUCUACUUCCUCUCCCACGUCCCCAUCACUCUGCUCUUGGACCUGCAGGUGGUGCUGCCGCGCGAAUUCUACCCGGUCGAGCUGACAAACCUGCUGAAGUGGUAUACUAAGGAGUUCAAAGACCCUCUGCUCCAGGCCCCCCCAACAUGGUUUAAGUCCUUCCUGUUUUGCGAGCUUGUGUUCCAGCUGCCUUUCUUUCCCAUAGCGACGUACGCCUUCUUAAGAGGAGGCCGCAGGUGGAUCCGCACCCCUGCAAUCAUCUACUCAGUUCACACCAUGACAACUCUAAUUCCAAUUCUCUCCACGUUUCUGUUUGAUGAUUUCUCCAAAGCCAGUGGUUUCAAAGGACAAGGACCUAAGACUUUCCACGAACGACUUACCCUCUUGUCCAUCUAUGCCCCCUACUUUCUCAUCCCUCUUAUGCUUCUACUUUUCAUGUUGCGGAGCCCCUACUACAAGUAUGAGGAGAAAAGAAAGAAAAAAUGAGAGAAAUAAUGACUGGCUUGGUCGGGGGGUGGGGAGAUGCCCAUAGGGCAGUUUUCCGGUUGGACCCAGUAUGAGGAAAACUGCUCAGAACCCAUGUCUUCAGUAGCAUUUGAAACACACCAGCGACACAGAAAGAGCAAGACUCUGGCAGGAGCCACAUCAGAACCCCCCCUUCUGAGGACACUGGUGCAAACAGACCAAUCACCUGAGCACGGACUGAAGGGUGUGGGCUAGGUUAUAGGGAAGUGGUGCCAAAUACCUCACCGCGUGCCCAAGUUCCAUCGUGAGCAGGACCAGACCAGAUCCUGGAUAAACUUCCAAGAAACGUGGCCUGCUUGGCACAUUCAUGAGUCACCUGACCCACAGUGCCCAUGUGAUUAAACCCUUGACUCCUGAUUCUCCGCAGCAUAUCCUUUAUCAGCAAAAUGAAGAGUGGGAUUUUUCAGGUCAUUUUUAAGUUUGAAAUUAUGCCUCUUUAAUAUUCAUUCAAAACUGUAUCAUGGG